UAUUGGCUGCUGUACUUCCUUGUUUACCGUCGUGUCCAUGUUCAAUAAGCGCUAAACGGAGAUAAUCAUUAUUGCUGUGUAACGUUAAUGGCGCUUUCACUGUGCGAUCAACAAGUGUCAGCAGCGAUAUAAUACACACUACUGUCCAUCGAGGCAAUAUAUUUGAGGUUAUCGUGUAGUGCGCUCGCUAGUAUCCGCUCGUCUUUACCGGAUUAAAGAGCGAUGAUGGCGUCCAGCUAUAACGCAAAGGAUGAGGACGGUCUCCAUCCGGGAUCGGUGGGCUCCGGGGGCCCGGGAUCUGUCAAGAGCAAGAAGCCCGAUAACACGGCCUUUAAACAGCAGCGUUUGCCCGCCUGGCAGCCCAUCCUGACCGCGGGCACCGUCCUGCCAGCCUUCUUCAUGAUCGGACUCAUCUUCAUCCCCAUCGGCAUCGGACUCUUCGUCACCUCUAACAACAUCAAAGAGUUCGAGAUCGACUACACUGGUGUCGACAUGUCCAGUCCGUGUUAUAACUGCGCGCAGAACUACAGCUGGAACAGCACAAGUGUGUGUACCUGCUCAGUGCCCUUCACCUUGGACCAGCACUUCGACAGUAAUGUGUUCAUGUACUAUGGACUCUCCAACUUCUAUCAAAACCAUAGACGUUAUGUCAAGUCGAGAGACGACAGUCAGCUGAACGGAGAUAAAAGCUCUUUACUGAACCCAAGUAAAGAGUGUGAACCGUAUCGAACAAGCGAGAAGAAACCCAUUGCUCCCUGCGGUGCCAUUGCGAACAGUCUCUUCAAUGAUACUUUGGAGCUGUUUUACAUCCACCCAAACGGAAGCCGAAUAGCUAUUCAUCUGGUAAAGACAGGCAUUGCUUGGUGGACGGACAAACAUGUGAAGUUCAGAAACCCAGGAGGAAGCAACAGCAACCUCUCCGUUGUGUUCCAAGAUACAAGCAAACCCGUAAACUGGCGCAAACCCGUUUAUGAGCUGGACCCGACGGACGCUGAGAACAACGGUUUCAUCAAUGAGGAUUUCAUCGUGUGGAUGAGAACUGCUGCUCUACCCACUUUCAGAAAACUGUAUCGCAUCAUUCAGAAGAAGAAGGACAACUUGACUCCAACAUUACCGCCUGGAAACUACAGCCUGGAAGUCACCUACAAUUACCCAGUGCGCAGCUUUGACGGCCGCAAGCGUAUGAUCCUCAGCACUAUCUCCUGGAUGGGUGGGAAGAACCCUUUCCUGGGAAUCGCCUACAUCACAGUGGGAUCCGUGUGUUUCUUCCUGGGAGUGGUCCUGCUGAUCAUCCACCAUAAAUACGGCAACCGCAACAACAGCGCUGAUAUUACCAAUUAAACGCGAAGUGAGACGCGCGAGGUAUUGUCAUAUCUCAUGCAGGAAGAUGCUCCUGUGCACACAGGCGCCAGAAAGACUGCUUACAAUGUUAUUGUGUAUGCACUGGCAGUUUUUAAUGAUCUGUUUUAAGCCUUUCUUUCAUCCACACCAAAGCUUUAUAUUGGAGAUCUUGAUUCUGACACAGUUGAUCUUUCUGCAUUAGGUAUUUUGUGGUGAGGACAGUAUGAAGGCAGUGUGGAGUUACUGAAGGAUGUGUAGUCGUACAGUAGGCCUGUAUCCGAGUGAAUCACACACACACACACGUCCAGGUCAUAUUUUUCCCAAAAAUCGAAUGAUAAAGUUGGGGGAAAAAAUCAUAUGUUGCAAGACAAUGCACUUUGUAUUGACAUUUUCAUGAGCACAUUUUCCCCUAAUUCACCAUGACAUUUUACUUUUUAGUUAGUUUGUAAUUGUUGCGUCAUGAUUUUGAUUGUAUUCUCUUUGCAAUAAUUAAUAUCAGCAUAACUACAG